CAGAAAGCCAGGCGGGCGGGCACGAUUGAGGAGCCGCGUGUGACGCGAGGGCUGGGGACCGAGACUCGAGGUUCGGCUCGGGCGGGGACGAGAAGCAAGGGAAGCGCGGGGACGGCGACCGGCGCGGGCGGGCGCGGCCUUUGUCUCCUCCUUCCGCACGUUCGGCAGUGGUUCCCGCGGCCCCCCGGCGCCCGGGCGUCCCGUAGCCCCUGACCUGCCGUGUCCUCGCCAUGACCGAGGCGGCCUCGGGCGCCGGGGGCGCGACCCUGGAGGGGGAGCGAGGCAAGAGGCCUCCGCCCGAGGGCGAGUCUGCGGCUCCUUCGUCCGGAGUCUUGGAUAAACUGUUCGGGAAGAGACUCCUGCAGGCCGGUCGCUACCUGGUGUCCCACAAGGCCUGGAUGAAGACGGUGCCCACUGAGGACUGCGACGUACUCCUGACCUUCGCAGACACCACGGAUGACCACACGCUGCUGUGGCUGCUGAACCAUGUCCGCGUGGGCAUCCCCGAGCUGAUCGUGCAGGUUCGCCACCACCGCCACACGCGCGCCUACGCCUUCUUCGUCACCGCCACCUAUGAGAGCCUGCUCCGUGGGGCUGAUGAGCUGGGCCUGCGCAAGGCCGUGAAGGCCGAGUUCGGCGGGGGCACCCGCAGCUUCUCCUGCGAAGAGGACUUCAUCUAUGAGAACGUGGAGAAUGAGCUUCGCUUCUUCACUUCGCAGGAGCGGCAGAGCAUCAUAAGGUUUUGGCUUCAGAACCUACGAGCCAAGCAGGGGGAAGCCCUGCACAACGUGCGCUUCCUGGAGGACCAGCCAAUCAUCCCUGAGCUGGCCGCCCGAGGUAUCAUCCAGCAGGUGUUUCCAGUCCAUGAACAACGUAUCCUGAAUCGUCUCAUGAAGUCUUGGGUGCAGGCCGUGUGUGAAAACCAGCCUUUAGAUGAUAUCUGUGACUAUUUUGGGGUGAAGAUUGCCAUGUAUUUUGCCUGGCUGGGCUUCUACACAUCAGCGAUGGUGUACCCGGCUGUCUUUGGUUCUGUUCUGUACACAUUCACCGAAGCCGAUCAGACAAGCCGGGAUGUUUCCUGUGUGGUCUUCGCUCUCUUCAAUGUAAUCUGGUCGACGCUAUUCUUGGAGGAGUGGAAACGGAGGGGGGCAGAGCUGGCCUACAAAUGGGGGACACUGGACUCACCCGGGGAAGCUGUGGAGGAGCCACGGCCCCAGUUCAGGGGUGUUCGCCGCAUCAGCCCCAUUACCCAGGCUGAGGAGUUCUACUACCCUCCCUGGAAGCGCCUGCUUUUCCAGCUGCUGGUCAGCCUGCCCCUGUGCCUGGCCUGCCUGGCUUGUGUCUUCAUACUCAUGCUUGGCUGCUUCCAGCUGCAGGAGCUGGUCCUGAGUGUGAAGGGCCUGCCCCGCCUGGCUCGCUUCCUACCCAAGGUGGUGCUGGCCCUGCUCGUCAGCGUGAGUGCAGAGGGCUACAAAAAGUUGGCUGUGUGGCUUAACGACAUGGAGAAUUACCGGCUAGAGAGUGCCUAUGAGAAACAUCUGAUCAUCAAAGUCGUCUUGUUCCAGUUUGUCAACUCCUACUUGAGUCUCUUUUACAUCGGUUUCUACCUCAAAGACAUGGACCGGCUGAAGGAGCUCCUGCUAGUCCUGUCCCUGUCCCAGAGCCUCGAGUGGCAGCUGCGGGCGGUGCUGGUCCCGCUCGUGGCCCUCCGGUUCCGCCUGCUCCUCCUGUCCCUCCAGGGUCUCCUGCUCGCAGCCCGGGCCAAAAUGCUGGCCACCCUGCUCAUCACCCGCCAGCUGCUGCAGAACAUUCGAGAAGUGCUGCAGCCGCACCUGUACCACCGGCUGGGCCGCGGGCAGCUGGGUCUGCGCGCAGUUUGGGAGCUGGCCCGGGCCCUACUGGGCCUGCUGAGCCUACGCCGUAAUGCACCGCGACGAUACCCUGAAGCCCAGGCGGAUGAAGGCGGUACCCGGAGCCACAGGUGUCUGGGCGGAGGCUGUGGAGCACCCGAGGAAGAGGAGGAGGAGACCACGGUGGAGCCGAGGCCGGCCGGGGAAGGUGGGGAGGUCGGGGAUGGGCCUCGGGGUGGCAAGGAGGAGGAGGAGGAGGAGGAAGAGGAGGAGGAAGAAGAGGAGGACGAGGAGGAGGAGGGCGAGGAAGGAGGCCUCCUGGACUGCGGGCUACGGCUCAAGAAGGUCAGCUUUGCAGAGCGGAGCGCUGGCCAACGCAGGCCAGGCCCAGAGGCCCUCCUGGAGGAGGGCAGCCCCACCAUGGUGGAGAAAGGGCUGGAGCCGGGGGUGUUCACACUGGCCGAGGACGACGAGCCCGAGGGGCUUCCCGGCAGUUCUGAGCUGGAGCCCCCCACCAUCUUGCUCCGCCGCGCGGGCGGUGAGGGCCGAGACCACGGCCCUGAUGGAGGCCGAGACCCUGACGCUGGUUCCGGAGACACAGCAGGCAGACAGAAAAGGCAGAACAGGUCAUCUUGGAUCGACCCACCUGAGGAGGAGCAUUCACCUCAGCUCACACAGGCCGAGCUGGAGAGCUGCAUGAGGAAGUAUGAGGACACAUUCCAGGACUACCAGGAAAUGUUCGUGCAGUUUGGCUAUAUCGUCCUCUUCUCCUCUGCGUUCCCACUGGCUGCACUGUGUGCCCUGGUCAACAACCUGAUCGAGAUCCGCAGUGAUGCCUUCAAGCUGUGCACUGGCCUGCAGCGGCCGUUUGGCCAGCGUGUAGAGAGCAUAGGCCAGUGGCAGAAGGUCAUGGAAGCCAUGGGCGUGCUGGCCAUCGUGGUGAACUGCUACCUCAUUGGCCAGUGUGGCCAGCUGCAGCGCCUCUUCCCCUGGCUGAGCCCUGAGGCUGCCAUUGUGUCUGUGGUUGUGCUGGAGCACUUCGCUCUGCUUGUCAAGUAUCUCAUUCACGCCGCCAUCCCGGACAUCCCAGGCUGGGUGGCUGAGGAGAUGGCCAAACUGGAGUACCAGCGGCGGGAGGCCUUCAAGAGGCACGAGCGCCAGGCGCAGCAUCACUUCCAGCAGCAGCAGCGGCGGCGGCGCGAGGAGGAGGAGCGGCAGCGCCACGCAGAGCACCACGCGCGGCGGGAGCGCGACGCUACCGGCCGGGAGGAGGCGCGAGCGGAGGGCUCCGGCCCGGACCCCGGGGCGCCCGACAAGGCGGCGGCCAAGACCAAGGGUGGCGAGCGACCCCGGAGGCCCGGCUCGUUGCUGGCGCCCAACCACGUGCUGCGCCUGAAGCAGAUCAUCCCGCUGCAGAGCAAGUUCCUGUCGGCGCCCGCGGGCUCUGCAGCGCCACGCCCCGCGUCGGCGCAGUCGCCCACGGGGGACACGCGGCUGCCGGCCUUCCUCAGCUUCAAGUUCCUCAAGUCGCCCGAGACGCGGCGAGAGCCGGAACGCAGCCACUCGCCACCCAAGGCCACCAAGCUGUUCACCUUCGGCGGAGCGCGAGCGGAGCCCGGGACCAACGGGGCGCCGGGUGUGGGCGGCGCAGGCGCGGCGGGCGCAGGGGGCGCAGCCGUCCGUGCGCAGAAGAGCGCGUCCGGGGAGGAGGCCGCAGUGGAGGAGCUGGAAGCUGCGCGGCCAGAGGAGGAAGGCUCAGGGCCCGCGCCUGGCCCCCGCGCCCGCUGCAGCCGGACGUCGCAGCCCUUGGCCGGCGACGCCAGCUUCUACAGCCUCGCGCCUCUCGAGUCCCCGAAGCCCCCCGAAGUUCCCGAGUCCCCAGCUGGCCCUAGCCCCCAAGCCGCGUGCUGGCCUGGCGCCUGGCACUAG